AUGGGGCACAAUGACUCGUUAUCGCUGGAUAUGUGCCAAUUUAGGCUGCUGGCGUCGCCGAAGAUCACCUACACGGGUCCGGGUCGUAAGGUGGCGGAUCGCAUCAAGGAGCAGUUCUCCGUCCAAAAUGACUUUCAAGUGCGCCAGGUAAGAAAGGCGCUGAAGCGUUACAAGCGCACUGAGGAGCGUCGGCUGUUGGCAAAGCGCCGUAACAUUGUGCGGUCUGAGCGCAACGUAGACAAGUCGAAGCAUCGCAACACGGAUGACAAAAGGUCAUUCAAGAUAGUGUCGAAAUACGAGAUUUACGAAAACCCGUACACCCAGUUCCUACGUCCGCUGGAAAAGCGCACGGAGAAGAACCCCCUAGGGAAGGCCACAGUCAAACCCGUGCGUAUGGGAAUUCCGCUGGACACUGCAGCCGGGCUAUAUGAGGGUGCCUCACCCGUCGCCCAGCGUCCUUCAGGGACUCCACAAAUCUCCACUCUUCAGUUCAUCGGAAGUUAUAUCCAUACGGCAACGCUGCCAUCUCUCUACUUGCCUGAAAUAUGCCUUGUCGGUCGCAGCAAUGUUGGGAAGUCGUCUUUCAUUAAUACUCUGAUGACCUACAUAAAGACACGCCGCAAGAGCUGCGACAUGGCGUACGUCUCCAAAACGCCUGGAUACACAAAAUGCAUUAACAUUUUCAAGGCUGUGGACGUUAAGGGCCGUGACGUUUUGUCUAUAACGGACCUGCCGGGUUACGGUUACGUGAAGAUCAAAAACCGCGAGACCGUGCGUGCCAUGGACAGCGCCCUCCGCGCCUACUUGCAACGACGUAAUGAGCUGAAGCUAAUCCUGUUCCUCAUCGACGGCAGCAUAGAACCGCAGGAGUCCGACACUGCGAUACAUGAAAUGCUGAAAGCCCUUGGCAUACCGUACCUAAUGGUUUGUACCAAAAUGGACAAAGUGGCUCAAAACCAGGUACCGGGACAGAUUCUGUUGUUCCGCCAGGUGUACGACGUCAAGAGUCCUUUACCAGUGGCGUAUUCCAAGUUCGGUGGUGCUGACCUUGGAGGUAUUUGGCGCGCAAUCUUCGACGCUUGCGACGACAAGUUUGAUAUGGCUAACUUGAAAAUAUCAGACGCAUACCAGAGUCUCAAGGACGCCGAUUUUGACAAAUACGUACAGAGCCAGUCAAUGGUGUCGACGAAGGAUUUGAAGAAGCUUAUCUACAAAAACUUCGAUCUGCUCCCCCAGAGCGUGCAAAGCGCUGAUAUCGAUCGCAUGAGCAAGGACGAAAUGUUAGACGUGUUGAGGGUGGCUGCAGAGCGCUCCGACGCAAUUCGCUCCAAACCUAUUGAUUUGCUCGAGUACAAGAAAAAACAUGGCAAGAGCUGA